GGCUGGGCCAGAGGGAGGGUGCGAGCGAGUGCAGCGGCAAGAUGGACAUCAAAGAGGUGACGAACAUCCUCGACUCGUUGGACUCCAUGAUUCGAUACGAGGACUUUCUCAAGUUCGUGCUCUUCAAGGCGCACUAUCGAAAGUACAUGGAGAUCCACGAGGAGUAUGAGGGGCUUCUUGCCAAGUACGAUCAGUACCAGUCUGAAGUCCAGCAACUCAGGGCGGCGCUGGUGGAAGGCGGCACCUGCCAGAUCAGGUGUGACCUUCAACACAUUGUGUUGAAGGUCGCUGACCAAUCCAGACGUUGA